GUCUUAGAUUCUCACUACGGGCAUUCAUAGAUUGGGUACCGGUCAAGUACGAGAUGCGACACGAAUACGCCUCGGACCACUCUUCCAGCAAGUAUUCAGGUCUCCCAAAUGACGACAAUACUCAGGCUUGGGACGACCUUAUCAUGCGUGAGCCAUCUCAGCGAAGUCCUAGCGAGAAACUUUUUCAAAAACUGACGCAGCCAAAAGCAACUUUCUUCAACACCUCGGCAGACGAACUCGCCCAGGUAGGAGAAGAAGUCGACAAUUCUGUGCGUCUCGCGGAUGGCGGAUACAUCGCAGGACUAGGAGUGUACCACGAUAUCCACUGUCUAAGGCGACUCCGACUCUUUCUCCACAGUGAUUACUACUAUCCCCCGCUUACAGAAGUAAACCUUCGCUAUCUCCGCAAGCACCUAGACCAUUGCAUCGAAUCUCUCCGAAAAGCAGUUAUGUGUAAUGUUGAUACAAACAUUUAUACGUUCACAUGGGACGACACCACCGCAGCGGAUCAUCGGCCGAAUCCGAAGUCGAAUCAAAUGCGGAAAUGCACGAAUUGGGAGGCGGUGGAAGGUUGGGUGACCAAGCGGCAUGUGCCACUUAAUCCGAUGCUGAUGAGGCCGAGUGGGGUGAGCGAUAGGAUUCAUAUGGUUUGA